AUGACCAUCACGAACAGACAGCUCCUCUACGUUAAUGCGCCUACCGCGGCCAUCGAUCCAUCUCUCACUAGCGGCACCUUCAAGCUCAACAGCACCACUCUCUCCGACGAUGUGCCCGCCGACAAGGUCCUUGUCCGGAUACACUAUCUGGCGCUGGAGCCCGCCAUGCGGCAGUGGCUGACGGCCAAACGGUCCUACAUUGCACCCGUCGAGCGUGGCAGCGUCAUGCGCGGACAGAGCAUCGCCCAGGUUGUCGGCGUCGGCAGCAGCCUGAGAUCGCAAUACCAGGUCGGUGACUGGGUGGUUGCCUCCUCUGGCUGGCAAGAAUAUGCCGUCUUGGGAGCUAAGGAGGCACAGAAGAUUUCCGUGCCGCCGGGUUGCAAGCCCACGGACGCAAUGUCGGUGCUGGGCAUGACGGGGUUGACUGCGUACUUUGGCAUGAUGGACGUCGGCAAGCCGAAGCCGGGCGAUACGGUGGUAGUGUCGGGGGCUGCUGGCGCCACGGGCAUGGUGGCCGGACAGAUCGCGAAGAUCCAGGGUGCAAAGCGGGUCAUUGGCAUUGCCGGCAGUGCCGACAAGUGCGAGUUCCUGCGCAAGGAAUUGGGAUUCGACGUGGCUAUCAACUACAAGGACAAGGACUGGAUGAAGCAGCUCAAGGAGGCGACUCCGGAGUAUAUUGAUGUGUUUUUCGACAACGUGGGAGGCGAGAUUCUGGAUGCGUGCUUGGGGCGAGCAGCGCAGUUUGCUCGGUUUGUGAUCUGUGGUGCCAUCAGCCAGUACAACGUGGCGAAGCCCCGGGGGCCGUCCAACAUCAUGCAGGUGAUUUCGCAACGAGUCAAGAUGCAGGGUUAUAUCGUGUUCGACUACGCGAAGCAGUAUCCCGAGGCAUUGAGGGAAUUGGGGAAGUGGUUGACGGAGGGUAAGCUCCAGCGCAAGGAACAUAUUGUCAAGGGGGGACUGGAGUCGGCGCCGCAGAGCCUGGUGAAUCUGUACAAUGGAGUGAACACGGGCAAGAUGAUGGUUGAGGUGGUGCCUGUG